AAGGUGCAACGUUGUUGAUGGGCGGUGAAAGAUACGGUAAAGAAGGAUACUUUAUCGAACCAACCAUCUUCACAGAAGUGAAUGAGAAGAUGACUAUCAUGCAAGAUGAAAUUUUUGGUCCUGUGGCAGCAAUAGCGAAAUUUUCUACCGUUGAAGAAGUUGUUGAGAAAGCCAAUUCAUCUAGAUAUGGUUUAGCUGCUGCAGUCUUUACUCAAGAUCUUACACGUGCUAUGCAGAUAUCUAAUGAGUUACAUACUGGAACCGUUUGGGUGAAUUGUUACAAUAUAUAUAACCCUUACACUUCGUUCGGAGGAUAUAAAGAAUCGGGAAUAGGCCGUGAAGGAGGAAAAUUCGCUCUUGAACAAUAUACUCAAGUUAAAUCUUCAGCCAUUGAAAACAUCUCGCCUUCUGUAAUAAAGAGGAUCUCAAAGGAGUUGAAUGCACUUAUAGCACAACCUCCAGAAGGAAUUCGAGUCAUAGUGAGCGAAUUAGACGUCUGUGACGUUCAAGCUUGGAUCUUGGGGCCUGAGAGUACACCGUAUGAAGGGGGACAUUUUAAAGUAAAGUUGGCAUUGGGCGCGGAUUUCCCUGCAGCACCACCAAAAUGUUAUUUCAUUACAAAAAUAUUUCAUCCUAAUGUAUCAAAAUGUGGAGAGGUUUGUGUUAAUACCCUAAAAAAAGAUUGGAACAAAGAUUCAGGAAUUGAACCAACUACUACAAUGACGACUAAUAAUUCUACAACCAAUUCUUCCGCUACUCCAGCUUUAAUUACUCCGCUUACUGUAUCAAAUUCAAUGAACGAAUCGAAAUCUUUUAAUGCGAUGAAUGGUGGUGGCGCUAAUAAUCAUAAUCACCUUAAAAAGAACUCGAAUUCUUCUAUGAAUUCGAAUGAUAAUCAAUUAUCGUCAAAUAAUCCUACUGUGACACCAAAGAAAAGAGCUGGUGAUAAGAAAUUAGAUAAAAAACAAGCUGAUAAGAAGCGUAGUCUGAAGAGGCUUUGA